GGAUGCAUUCUCUACUGUUCCCUCCUUCCAGAUAAAAGCUAUGACUAUGUUUUGGAGCCAUCCCCGGUUGCCCUGCCUCUAAUCCAGCCUCAGCAGACCAGGGUGGUCCAGGUGUCCUGUGGUCGGGCCCAUUCCCUGAUCCUCACCGACCAGGAAGGAGUGUUCAGCAUGGGGAACAACGCGUACGGCCAGUGUGGGAGGAGCAUCAUUGAUGAGGAGGUCUACAGGUCGGUGGUUGCUCCUAAAAAUAUGUUUUCCACAGAGAAAGCACCUUUACCAUGCAGACGACUGGAUUAUUUCUAAAGAAUCCCAGAAAGAACUGUCCUUUUUGACGUAAUUUAAAGGAUUUUAUUUCCUUGCUUCCUAAACUUGCUGCAUGGCAGCAGUGCUAAUGAGAAGGAUCUUUAAAUUAACAUUAUUGCCAGAGAUAAAUAAUCUGCGUAGAUGCAGUUUUCUAAUAUUUUCAUUUAUUUAGCCUGUCUGAUGAUGCUGCUAGAAGUACACUAGGAGACCGUAUACUUUGUUGUGAGAAAUGCAAGGGGUGGUUUAUGAUAAGAUUUGGGGAAAUGUAUAUAAAACUAAUUUAGAUCCAAUAAAUAAACAUUAGAAAAGAGUUAGAAUAAUAAAUGGAGGUGGACACUGUGAUUCUACAAGAACAUUUCUGGACAUUAUAUAUUAAAAAACAUUAGAAAUUAUGUUACGAGUGGUAAAUAAGUCAAUCCCUGUUUGCAUUUAAAAAAAU